UUCAUUUUGACGUGGUCGAUCAGACAACUCUCGAACCGAUUGUUGCAUUUCCAAUUGAGACGAUCAAAGACAGGGUACACAGUACAAGGUGUCAUCAUGCCGUUGUUUGUCAUUCACAAUGAUCAGUGCAGGAUUGCGUAAUAUUUCGUCACAUUAAAGAUCUGCGUUCGUAUUUUAUUCCCCAAAAAGUUUAAAAAGUUUCCACCGGUGUCAAAUGGCUUGGCUCGGCACAAUCGCAAACAACGUGCUGCGAAACGUCUUCUCGGACGCACCGCCUUACGUAGUUCUGGAGGUCCGUCCGGAGAAUUACAGCGAUCGGCACAUACACUCGCGCGAGGAUGGGAUUGUGCUCUACGGUGCUUCCGGAAGCAAGAGUCUGGAUAAAUUCGAGAUCGUGCUGCACAGACCCUGCACCGAGACUUUGCACCAAGCGUACAGUCUCUUCAGAUCUGCAACUCUGGAAGGAGCGGCGUCACGAUUUACAAUAUACAAAGACAAAGUUCCCGUGCUUGUCCAGUUGUCACGCGAGAUGUGUAAUACUGCAAAAAUUCAAAAACUUUGCGACACCCUGGUGGAACAUCCGACAUGGACUCUGGCACACUUGGCAGCUUAUUUCGCUCUUCACGACGCGUUUUCGCACGCCGUUGUCAACAGCCAGCUCAACAGCGGCGAUCUCGAAACUGGAAUCUCACCUUUGCAAGUUGCUAUACAGACCAACAACUUGCGUACCGUUGAAAUGCUAAUAGCAGCAAAGAGCUCGUUGGAACAUUUGGAUCACGACGCGAACACCGUUUAUCAUUACGCGGCUACGUCUACCAAAGAGAUUAUUCUCGCUCUGGGCUCGGGUCUUCCAAACAGUCUGAACAGUCGCAACAGCAACGGUCACACUCCCAUUCACGUCGCUUGCCUCAACGACAAACCCGAGUGUGUCAAAGCUCUUCUUUUGAUAGGCGCCGACGUAAACAUAUCCGCUUCCGAAGGCCAGCCCUCAAGUCCUGGCUACGUCGGUGAUUUUUUGCACAACAAGCCGAACGUGCUUCACGCCGAGGACAUGAAAUUCGGCGGCACGCCGUUACACUGGUCGCGCAGCCGCGAGGUAAUCACCGCACUGAUCGAGACCAACUGUGACAUAGACGCGCUCAACUUCAACGGGCGUACAGCGCUGCACGUGAUGGUGAUGCGCAAACGGCUGCAGUGCGUGGUCGCGUUACUCAGCCACAUGGCGUCCGUCAACAUCGCCGACAACGACGGCAACACGCCGUUGCAUCUGGCUGUUGAGACGGAGACACCGGCGAUCGUCCAGACGCUCGUCGGUUUCGGCGCCGAUGUGGACGCGCGCAACUGGAAGUCCGAGACGGCCAGACACAAGGCGAAUGUCAAUACCACCGACGGCAACAAGAUAAUCUACAUACUCCAUGCGGUGGGCGCGCAGAGAUGUCCGCCCGAAAUGACGGGCUGUCAUCAGGGUUGCAAGCACAACGAGACCUUUACCGGCAUCGCGCCGUCAGAGCCGCUGCAUCAUGUGUCGCGUUCUAUUAUCGAUCAUAUGCUACACACGUCCGGCAUGGAGAAGAUGGCCGAGCCCGGAAAUAGAAAGCGAUUAAAGGGCGGUAGAUUGUUGUGUCUCGACGGCGGCGGUAUUCGCGGACUGGUGCUCAUACAAACGCUGUUGGAGAUUGAAUUGAUACUGGGCAAGCCCGUGGUGCAUUGCUUUGACUGGAUCGCAGGCACGUCCACUGGCGGUAUUCUGGCGCUCGGUCUAGCCGCCGGCAAAUCUUUGCGCGAGUGUCAAGCGCUUUAUUUUCGCAUCAAAGAGGACGCCUUCGUGGGUUCGCGACCGUACAACAGCGAGGGUCUGGAAAAGGUGCUAAAGGAGUGUCUCGGCUCGUAUACCGUCAUGGCGGAUAUCGAGAAGCCACACAUAAUGAUCACGGGUGUGCUCGCCGAUCGCAAACCCGUGGAUCUUCAUUUGUUCCGUAACUACAAAUCGCCUCAUUCCCUGUUGAACGUGCCAGAGAACCCGAUGUUCAAGCCGACGUUAUUGCCGCAAGAGCAACUGCUCUGGAAAGCAGCGAGGGCGACCGGCGCGGCUCCGUCUUACUUUCGAGCGUUCGGUCGCUUCCUGGACGGCGGUCUGAUCGCCAACAAUCCCACCUUGGACGCGAUGACGGAGAUUCACGAGUACAAUUUGGCACUGAAGGCAUUGAAACGCGAGGAGGAGAUGACGCCGCUGUCGCUGGUGGUUUCUCUCGGCACGGGACUAAUACCGACCACGAUUACGUUGAACGAGAUCGAUGUUUUUCGGCCGGAUAGUCUCUGGGGCACCGCCAAGCUCGCGUUCGGUCUUUCGGCGCUGGGCACGUUACUGGUCGACCAAGCGACGGCUUGCGACGGUCGCGUGGUUGAUCGCGCGCGAUCCUGGUGCUCGAUGAUAGGCGUGCCGUAUUACAGGUUCAAUCCGCAGCUCUCGACGGACGUCGCCAUGGACGAGAAGAGCGACGAGAUUCUCGCCGACAUGAUCUGGACCGCGAAGGCGUUUAUGCACGCGAAUCGGGAUCAGGUGAAGGAACUCGCUGCCAUUAUUAACCGCGACUCCGCUUCGGAUAACGAUUAGAGAAAUACCAUCACCUCAUCUCAAGGGAUCAAGAAGAACUGGUUCUACAGAAAUAUAUAUAUCGCACACACAUUCACACACGUCCGGUAUAUCGACGUUUGUUAUCGCUGACUCGAUUAAAAACAAAUAAUGCAAUUAGCUUAGCAAUUAGCUCGUCGCUUAGGACGCGCAUAUUAGAACUAUUAUUACUUCAAUGUUACUUGCCGUCGUUGUCUCGACGAAUGUGAUAUUAUAAGUUUUUUUCUCUCACGGUGCAAAUCGCUCCCGUACGUACGUCGCGCGUACAUACUCGUGCGAUUAUUACUCAUUAAGAUAUUUUUUGUAGUUGUACUCGAGGAAACUUGUUUCCCUAGUCAUUGAGAAUCUCUUUUUGUCAGUUGUCAUGUUUGCAGUGUUUUUAUAUAACAUGUACAUUUAUUGUUCAAGUUUUUGUUCUCUAAUAUAUCUUGCUAUUUUUUUUUUUUUUUUUUUUUUUUUUUUGUACAACCGCAAAUAUGUAAACAAUUGUAAAUGUGAAGUGACAAUUUGAAGGCAUUGACAAUAUAGAUCUAACAUAUAUAUAUUUAGUCACAAAGUUUACAGAGAUAAAUAAAUAAUAAUAAUA